UCUCAUCUCUUUUCUUUGUGCCCUCUCUUUCGGGGUUGUCCUUUAAUCAAUUCUGGUAAUCGUUUACUGACACCUCACUGGUCGCGUCCGGCUGUUGCGCCAAAAUGCCGCGUUCUUACUUGGGCCUGCAGGGCCAAAAGCUGCAGAUCGCUAUCGGCCUCAUCGCCGGUAUGGACUUUCUGCUGUUUGGCUACGAUCAGGGUGUCACGGGAGGUCUUUUGACCCUCAAGUCGUUCGCCAAAUACUUCCCGACAAUUGUUCAAGUCGGAGAUGCGUGGAGGGAGAUGCAGGAAAACGAUCCGGCUGCGGCCAGCGCCCAGUCGACUCGUCAAGGUAUUGUCGUUGCGGCUUACAACUUGGGAUGUUUCGCGGGUUCCAUUCCGACGAUCUGGGUCGGUAACUGGCUGGGUCGCCGCAAGACCAUCUUUCUUGGUUCUUUCAUCAUGGUUAUUGGAGCGCUGCUGCAGUGCACUGCGUACGAUCUGUCCCAACUGAUCGUGGGCCGCCUGGUGACUGGUCUUGGAAACGGUAUGAAUACGUCCACGGUACCCACGUGGCAGUCCGAGUGCUGCAAAUCGAAUCGUCGGGGUCAGCUGGUCAUGAUCGAAGGCGCCAUGAUCACGUGUGGCAUUACCAUCAGCUACUGGGUCGACUACGGACUCAUGUUUACCGACCCCAGCGAAGUCUCGUGGCGUUUCCCCCUGGCCUUCCAGAUCUUCUUCGCUGCCAUCAUCUUGGCCUUCGUCAUGUUUCUGCCCGAGUCGCCGCGCUGGCUCAUCCUCAAGGGUCACGAGGACGAGGCCGAGGAGGUGUUGGGUGCUCUUUUGGGUGAGGAGACGGACUCGACCUUCGUCCAGACUGAAUAUACCGCCAUCAAGGCCACCGUCUUGGAGAUGGCCAAGGGCUCGUUCAAGGACAUGUUCACCAUGGGCGAGGAUCGCCAUCUCCACCGGGUGAUUCUCGCCUACGUCAACCAGAUGUUCCAGCAGAUUUCAGGCAUCAACCUCAUCACCUACUACAUCCCGAUCCUCCUGGAGAAUCAGCUCAAGAUGGACACCCAGAUGUCGCGUCUGAUUGCUGCGUGCAACGGUACCGAGUACUUCAUCGCCUCGUGGGUGGCCGUCUUCACCAUCGAGAUCUUCGGCCGGCGUACGCUCAUGCUGUUCGGCGCCGCGGGCAUGUCCCUCUCCAUGGUGGUCCUCGCCAUCUGCAAUGCCAUCAACACACACCCCGCCCAGAUGUGUAUGAUUGUCUUCUUCUUCGUGUUCAACACCUUCUUCGCCAUCGGCUGGUUGGGCAUGACCUGGCUGUAUCCCGCCGAGAUCGUGCCGCUGAAGAUCCGUGCGCCCGCCAAUGCGCUGGCCACCUCGUCCAACUGGAUCUUCAACUUCCUGGUGGUCAUGAUCACCCCGGUUGCGUUUGAGAACAUCGGGUAUAAGACCUACAUUAUCUUUGCCGUCAUUAACGCGGCCAUCUUCCCCGUCACCUACUUCUUCUAUCCCGAGACGACCCACCGUUCCUUGGAGGAAAUGGACCGCAUCUUCCACAAGACCAAGAGCAUCUUCUCGGUCGUCAAUGUGGCCGCCACGGAGCCCCACAUGUACGGCAAGAAGGGUGAGCUGCUGCACACGCUGGACGAUGUCGAGGAUGCGGCUAUACACGCAGUGCGCCGCCAGAGUGUAGUGGACCACACCCACAAGGCUAUGGACAGUGAUGAGACCAGCACGGAGAAGUAGGAGGCUAUCAGCGGAGUGGGGUAGGCUGAUUUGGUUUUCUUCAUCUGAUUUUACGAC